UAUAAAAACUACAAGCCCAUCCGGACGACCCAGUCUUGUCUGAGGGAUCGAGCUUCACGAGCCCAUCAUGGGGGACUCAAAGCUCUGCCUUCUGCUGCUCCUGAGCACCACGGCUCUGGCUGUUGCCCAAGAUGAAGAUCCGCCAACUUGCCUGUUGGCCAAAAUGUACAAGACUCUGCACAAGUACGAAUACAAAUAUGAAGCCGAAUCUCUGAAUGCCAUCAACGGAGCCUCGCCUCUCAAGAACGGACCUAAGGCAACAUGCAAGGUUGAAAUCGAAGUUCCGCAGACUUGCAGUUUCAUCGUACGCACAACCGGGUGUAGCCUAAUGGAGGUGGUCGCCAUGGAUACAGAUGGCAAACCCGUGUUCGGCCUCAGCCCGAGCUCUGAUGCUUUUGCCGCUGAAAUGGAGCGAUAUCCUCUGAAAGUUGUGAUUGAGGGUGCCUCUGAUGUGAAACUCUAUCCUGAGGAAGGUGAGACAACCACCAUCCUGAACAUCAAGAGGGGUAUCAUCUCUGCGCUGGCUGUGCCGAUGAUUGAAGAGAACAAGGAAAACAACGUGCCAUCAAUCCACGGUAUGUGCAGGACCUACUACACCGUCAAUGCUAAACAGGACAUUGCGACUGACAUCAGCCUGGAAAGGGAUCUAUCCUCGUGUGACAAAUUUAUCCCAGUGAGAGAUCACACCAGCCCUUUGGCGCUCAUCUCUGGUUUGCAUUACCCACUCGCCCAGUUGAUCAGAAGCUCACAGAACUGCAACUACAAGUUUGACAACGACAAGAAACACAUGACCUUUGGGUCAUGCACAGAGAAGCAUAUCCUGAUCCCAUUCUCGCAUAAGGGAGAAUAUGGUGUUACCAAUAUUGGAAAGCAAGAACUGACCCUGGUUCAGGUGUCUACUCACAAUGACAGAGUUUUUGACCACGGUGAUAAUGCCAAGUUUCUUCAUAUGGACACUGUUGAGCACAAAACAUUUGUCCAGGACAAAGGUUUUUACUUGGAUCUCCUGAGACAGCUGGCCACUCUGCCUGAGACCGACGGUGACAAGAGGGCACACCUCUUCCAUCAGAUUGUUGCUAUGGUCCGUGGAAUGAAGAAAGAAACCCUGACUACCGCCAUUCCUGAGUCGCUCGAAGUGUCCCGUGUCCUGACCUACCAAGUUCUAGCCCAGUGUGGAACUCCAGAGUGCAGCAGUGCUAUCAUGCAAAUUCUUAGGGGCUUUGAAACCACAUCACUUGAAGUUGAUGCCACCGUUUUUGCACUGGGGAUCGUUUCUAACCCUUCAGCCCUCCUGAUCAAUGACAUGCUGCAAAUGGCCAAAUAUAAGCCAAGCAAGCCCAUCAUGUACGCUCUGAGCAACAUUGUGAAGAGGUUUUACAAAACAGAAGGCAAACUAAUCCCUGAGAUCCACUCUGUUGCUGAGUUCAUGGCAGCCCAUUUGGGUGACUGCUCAGGUGACAACGCUUUCCUGACUUUGAGGGUUAUUGGAAACAUGGCUCCCGCUGUUAUUCCUGCUAGUCCUGCCCUCAGAGCUUCAGUGCUAAUGUGUGUGAACCAACCAGAAGCUUCCCUUGCCGUGCAGCAAGCCGCCAUCCAGGUUUACAGGCUGACUCCCAUCCCAGAUGAGGGAAGAAAAGUCCUGACUCAGGUCCUUCUGGACAACACCAGCCCCGUGCAAAAGAGAAUUGCUGCAUAUCUUGUACUUAUGAAGAAUCCCCUGCCAAGUGAGCUGGUGCGGUUGGCCACUGCUUUGCCCACUGAGGAAAAUACUCAGUUCAAGAGCUUUGUGGUGUCCCACAUUGUCAAUAUUUUGUCUUCAGAUGAGCCUGAAAGCAAAGAACUCAGACAAAAGAUUCGUGAUGCUGUCCAGGACAAUGAAAUUGGAUCCAUUAUGGACCCCAUGAAGUUCUCCCGUAACUACCGCAUUGGAUCUGUGGAGGGAAAUAUGAUCUUUGAGGGUACUAGCUACCUACCCAAGGAGGUCAUGCUGGAAAUGACACUUAAGGCAUUUGGCUUUGACAUCGACAUGAUGGAGGUCGGAAUGGAGGGUAAAGGAUUUGAACCAACUGUUGAUGCUCUGUUUGGCGAGAAUGGAUUUUUCCCUGACACUGCCCUGAAGACGAUGUACUUUGUGUCUAAUAACAUGCCACUCGAAGUCAAAGACAUCGUGCAGCGCUUCAUUCCAUCUUUGAAGAAUGCUGAGAUGAAGAAACAGGUCACUCAGAACCUGAUGAGAGAAGUUGGGCAGAACCUCAAAAAGCUCAUGGGAAAACUGAAAACCUCAAACUCUCCGGAGGCAAUGGUGUAUCUGAGAUUAUUGGGAAAUGAGUUGGGAUAUUUGAAGAGCAAUGAAAUGGAAGAGAUGGCUUACGGUGCCACCAUGAUGAUUGACAGCAUGUUCAAGAUGUUCCCCACAGAUCUCUUGAUGGGACUGAUGACAAAGGCAGACAACACCAUCUUUGCCCACUACAUCUUCAUGGACAAUGAUUUUUUCCUGCCAACCGUCACCGGUGUUCCUCUGAAAAUUACAUUGUCUGGAACAUUCACUCCUGGUGUCAAGGCUGGAAUCAAGAUCGCUCGUGACAUGAGUGAAGUGGCUUUCAUGCCCUCUGCUGGCAUCGAGUUUUCAACCCACGUUGGAGCUUACAUUCCCGAAUAUGUCAACUCUGGAUUGGAGAUGCACUCCAACAUAUUCCAUGAGAGCGGCCUUCAGGCCAAGAUCUCCAUGGGACGGGACAAUGUCAAGCUGACCAUCCCUGCUCCGAGUAGCCCAACCAAGCUCAUAAAAAUGACAAACAAUCUUGUGGCAGUGAGUGGCUUGAAGGUCACAAGUCUCCCCACAAUGACAACAAACAAGAUCGACGUUAGCAAAUGCACCAAUUUCUUUGCUGGAAUGAAAUACUGCACUGCUGUUGAGUACAUGGAUGCAUUCUCUCAAAAGACAGCUCCGUACUUCCCAAUCACUGGUGACAGCAAGUUUUCACUGGAGCUCCAUCCUACCGGUAAAGUCACCGAGUACACCGCCACUCUUGCCUAUGAGCUCCUUCAGGAAGGAGAAGAGGACAAGCAUAAGGUGGAUUCUCUGAAGUUUAUUCUGAGAGCUGAAGGCACAGAGCCCACAGAGGCCAGAGCAGUGAUGAAAUACAACAGAAGGAAGAACGUGAUCACAGCUGAUGUCCAGAUCCCUGACUAUGAUGUGGAAGCAGGGCUGAGACUGGGUGUUGUCAAUGGCAACACCGUCUCUUUGGAUCUCAUCAACAAAAAGAUUCCUCAGCUCUCCCUGAUUGGCCGAACCAAUCUUGACCCCAAGAGUGAGAAAGGCAUGCUGCAAAUUCAGCUUCUGGUCCCCUUGCUCAACAUUGAUGCCUCGGUCACAGCUAACAUGAAGCUACGCAAAGAGUUGGAAUUGAAGCUCAAGAGUGACAUGAAGGUCAUGACUGCUGCGUCCAAACAGGAGCUCACAAUGAAAUAUGAUGCCAGCAAGGUUUCAGUCGAGUUCAAGUCUGAUGCGAAAACCGAUGCCACCAUCGUGCCGAUUUCUGAUAUAUUUGAGACAUACACAUCCAAAUUGCUCAACACACAGGUGGGCCAGACAGAUAUGAAGGUGUCGCACAUCUUCAAAAAGUUCGGGGAGGCAGCAAACAACUACAUGGAGAAAUAUGGUGAUGACUUCCCUUACAUUCAGAACUUCAGAGUACCAGACAUGCCUGAGAUUUCUCUGCCAGAGACACUGUUCCUGAACACUGAAACAAAGGCUGUGUACUAUUUCAACAAAGAGCGCUUUACCAUCACCAUCCCUCUGCCACUGGGAGGAAAGUCAACCGUGGAUCUGAACUUCCCACCGGCUUUAACUACACCUCAUUUGUCUCUGCCUGAGUUCGGGCUGGAGAUCGUCUCCAGGGAGAUUACGAUUCCAGAGCUUUCAUUCCCCGAGAGCCUCACCUUAACUAUUCCUCUUUUCGGAAAAGCUGAGGUUUCAACUGUGAUGAAAAGCAACCUGUACGACAUGGAAGCCUCAAUGGCAGCCGGUAAAGAUGUUGUGGAAGCGCCAAGCUACUCUGCUAUGUUUGCCGUAAAAGGAACCUCGCCUUUUGAAAUCCUCUCAGUUAAGAUCGAAGGUUCUGGCAUGUUGGCCACAACUGAUUCACUCAAGGCCCAAAUGAAAGGCUCUCUGUCCCACAAGUUCAUCGAAGCCAGUGUCAAUUUUGUCGAGGAUACAACCAUCACUGACAAAAUAAAUGUGAAAUCAAGCGGCAAGAUUGUAGCCACAAGCCCAUUCGGCCUCAAUGUGGACAUGGAUCACAACUCUCUGACUGGAAUCAACACGGAAACAAUCUUAAUCAACAGCAAAUUUGAUGGAAAAAUCAACGCUGGACCCUUCCAUGUCCAGACCGUUUCAGCUCAGUCCUUCAACGUCCUUCCAUUCAGACGAGAAGCAAAAAUAAAUUCUUCAGUUAAGUUUGACUCAACUCUUGCUCAGGCUGAAAACACCUUUGAAGCAACUUUGGCUAAGGGUCAGCUUUUGGUUGUUUCUAACACCAAUGCCUUCAAAGACACACUGAAGCAUUCUGCUGAGCUUUCUGUCACAGACAGCAAGUUGUCACUGACAUGUCGCUCCAGUGCAGUUGCUUUCGGUAUGAACAUCGGAAACAAAGCCGAAGUCUCAGCUGGAGCUGGAAAAUUUGUUCUGAGAAUUGAAACAAAUGCAGACCAUCCUGAAAACCGCGUAUACUCUCUGAUGACUUCCUCUCUUGAUGUCAGUGGCCUGAUUGUCGACAGUGACGCCACCAUUAAGCUUCUGGAGAAUGAGGCCAAGCACAAAUUCACCCUGAAAUUGAACAAGGACGGUUUGACCACAACAGGAAAAAACACCCUACAGAGCCCGCUGUCUCUGGAAAACACCUUCACCGUUGGGCUGGACACUUCAAAGGCAUCUCUGGCCAUCACAAAUAAGGCUUCGUUGUUUGACCUCAUGUUUUCCGAUAGCAAUGAUCUGCUCAUUACCCUCUCCGGCAUUCAGUUCAACUCAAAGGCUCGGGCCCAGGCUAGUCAGAUUGCAUCUUAUGACCACGAUAUCAUCACUGACCUGUCUCUGUACGCGGCAUCUGUAAUCGUCAACAACGAUCUGAAGCUUCUCAAGACUAAUUUCAAUAAUAAGGCUCAGCUGCAGGCAGACCUUUCCAAGAUUUACCUGACUGGAGCCCUGAAAGCCACCUACAACGAGGAAGAGAUCAAGCACGUGUAUCAGGUUAACUAUGCCGAUAUGACAGCCAACGUAAAGUGCAGCACAACUGGCAAACUUUUUGGAACUCGCCUGAGUCAUACCGCAGAGCUGGAAAUUAUCGGUCUCGCCGCCACGCUCAACAAUGAGGCUCGCUUUAACUCACAGUUUCUGCGUUUUGACCAUUCUCUCCGUUCCAGCAUCGUUCCUUUUGACUUCAAUCUUGAUGGCCUCUUCAACGCUGAUGGAGACAUGUUCUUGUAUGGAGAGCACAGUGCACAGAUGUAUGGCAAGUUCCUCCUGAGAGUACAGCCCUUGGCUUUUGCCAGCUCACAUGAAUGCCGUGCUUCGGUGACCCAAAAGCUAGAGAAUGGCUUUUCCUUGGGGACGACGUUUGACAAUAAGAUGGACACCGUUCUUUCCCUGGAUGAACAGAAGACCAGUUUUAGUUUGAAGUCAAAAAUGAAUGAGCAUGCCUUUAAUCAUGACAUGAGUGUUUACAACACCAUUGAGAGAAUUGGCAUGGACAUUUCUUCUACUCUUCUUACAAACAUUGUCAACAUCGAGUCCACAGAAAACCAGGAAUUUGCUGUCUCAGGCUCCCUCAAGUAUGACAAGAACACAAACUGUCACCUCAUUCAUUUCCCUCUCCUGGAAAAUGUCCCUCUUUUCUUGGAAGACAUCAAGGAUGCUGUGGUGCUUAUUGCAGAAACUGUGCAGGACUACAUCAGAAAUGAAGAGAUAAGGGCACGACUUGAGGCACUUCCUCAGCAUCUAGAUGACUUUCUGACUCAACUUAACAUUGAGGGCCAAGUCAUCCGGAUGAAGGACUACUUGAGUGAUUUGACCCCAAAUCAUCUCAUCUCAUUGGAGGAUGUGAGUACUGCCUUCGGAAAGCUGAAGAUGAUUUUCCGCGAGCGAACCAGUGAUGCGGCCCGUUACAUUCAAGAUCUUGUUGCCAUGAUGAAUGAGAUUAUUUUCAAUAGCGACCUGUCACAAACCAUUUUUUCAAACGUCCAGGAUCUGGUUAACGCCAUCGAUGAUGAAUAUAAUAUCAAGGGAAAAAUUGUGUUUAUUAUCGAUACCGUGAAGAAGAUGAUCCAGCAGAUUGAUUUAGAACAACUGAAAGGCACCAGUUUGGCAUUCCUGCAUAAUAUUGACAAACAAUAUGAAAUCAGGACUUAUAUACAGUAUAACCUGGAUGACAUGAAAAAGUUUGACAUUGGUAAUAUUGUUCCUGAGUUAAAAAAGUUUAUCGCAUCCCUACACAUUAAGCCUGUCAUCAGGUUUCUGGUCAGCGAAAUUCCAACGACAUUUUUCAAUGAGAUGAUAGAUUCUAUCAAGAAACUGAUCAGGGACUUCGAUAUCCUUGGCCAUGUCAAUACAUUCUAUGCCAAGCUCAGGGAAAUCAUACAAACAUUGGGAGCUGACAGAAAUGUCCAGGCCCUCUUGGAAAAACUGAUGGAGGUUGUCAAGCAGUUUAGAAUGGAGGAAACGUUCAGUGCUGUUGCCAAGAUGGUGAGAGAUGCAGACAUUCCAACCAAAUUCCAGCAAGCCUUCCAAAGUGUUAUCGACCACCUAAAAUCCACUGAGGUUAAGGAUAUAAUUCAACAGCUCCAGGCCUAUAUUGAAUCUCUGGUGCAGGAGCUGAAGUCACUGCAUUAUAACAAGUUUAUAGAUUACGUCAAUGAUAUCAUGGCUGCCCAAACUGUUUACAUUAAUGAUCUCGUCCGGGAUCUUAAAAUUCCCCAGAAACUUGAAGCAGUAAAAAAUGUCUUGAAUGUUGCCUACACCUCUGCUAAAGACACUAUGGAUCGUCUGAGAGAAAUCAAAGUUGCCCAAAUCAUUACAUAUGUAAAAGAGCUGAUGGACCAGGCUGUGUUUGGAAAUAUCACAAGCUUUUUUCAAAAUAUGAAAAAAGUAGUUGAAGAAAUCGACACCCGACUGGAGAUAACCCUCUUCCUGAAGUCAGUGCGCAAGUACUACAACAAAGUCUUGGUCUUUGUCAGUGAUGUAUGGACUAAUGUGAUUGACAAUAUAAGGACAGUGAUGCCUGAGCAAAAGUUCAUCGGUGAGAUUCAGCAAAUCUUUGAUGCGCUCAUCGCUGAGCUGAAGAAAUGCAAGCUGAAUACUCCAUCCUUCACCAUUCCUCUCACUGAUCUGGUGGUACCAUCCAUGACCUUCAGCAUGGAUAAACAUCUGCCAGUUGAUAUCCCAACACAGCUGGAUAUCCCUGAAUUCACCAUCUUGGGCUUCCAUACUGUCAAAGCCACCACCAUCUCUUUUGAUGACAUCAAACAGACCAUUCUCCAAGUUGUUGAUUUCAUUCUGAACUUCAAUAUUCAAAUAUUUGAUAUUGAUACUUUCUUUGGAGACCUCAGGGUGAACUACUUUCCUUCCAUGCCUGAGAUUAACUUCCAAGAGAUCUCUCUCCCUAAGUUUUCCUUCCCAACCAUCCCACAAUUCCCGAUAGAGAAGAUUGUUGAGUCUCUGAAGGUUCCUGAGAUGAAACUGCCAGCAAUCUCAAGCAACGUUAUCGUCCCAUGCUUUGGUAAACUCCAUGGUGAGUUCAAGUUCAACACUCCCAUCUACACUGUCAAGACAACUGCUGAGUUCCAAAACUCAACCACAACAGCACUGAAUCCCCAGUUCACAGGCAUCAUUACUUCCCAGGCCACAUCUCCCAGCUUUGAAAUUCUCAAUUACAAAGUUGACUCAAGUGCCCAAAUCGCACUUCCCAAAAUGAGCCGUAUUGUCCUUGCGGAGGUUGUCAAGAUCAGCCACCUUGCUCUUGCUGUUGACCAUCAGGCUUCCCUGUCGCUGUACGGUCUCUCAGCCCAGGCCCAAGCAAAAACCGCAGUGAAAGUUAACAGUCCGAUUUACACUGCUGAUCUUACGAACGUAGCAUUCAUUGCCAUGGAAGGGGGAAUGUCUGCUUCUCUUGACACAACCUACAAGCACCUUGUGGACCUUCCAGCCAUCGGGGUCAGAAGUGAUGCCACCAUGAACCAGAAAGCAAUUGUGCGCCAAAACGGAUGCACCGUCACUCUAACUGUGAACAAUAAUGGAAAGUCUGUUGCUGAGGAGGGAAACCACAAGAGCACCUUUUAUCUCUCUCUCAGCCCAAGUGUUGCUACACUAACCUUCUCUGGUGACACAGACUCGAAAUCGUUGACAAUGAAACAGCAAGUAACUUCUGAAAUUAGCCCUCUGCUCUACUCGUUUAAUCUCCAAAAUGAGAUGAAGACCCCAAUCGUUAAGAACAGUCGGAUUUCGGCCACUGGAAGUAUCAACCUCAAAAAGAUGAAGGUUGAGCUGAAAGCAAACCAUGACACGGAAUUAACUGGAUCUGUGAGAGGACUUAUUUCUAAUGGAAUUAACAUUGAUGUCAUUCCCUUCCAAUUCAUCACAGACUUCCAAAACACAGUCAAUUGCCGCGUUAAAGUCUUUAGAGCACCAACUGCUAAGAUCGAUUUGCAAUACCAUUACUCAGCCGCUUUGACACCCGACAACCAGAGGAUGAACACAAUUUACAUUGCUAGCCUUAAUAAGUGGGCAAUGACCUCCAACUUCACCAUCGACAACAACAAAAAUGAGGCCGGUGUCUUUGUCGCAAUGGAAGGAAAUGCCAAUCUGGACUUCCUCAAUAAGCCCAUCAGCAUUCCUGCUUUUGAAAUUCCCUUUGCAGACUUACGCACCCCAGCAAUCAGUGAUGUGAACUUGUAUGAACUGACUGGGCUGAAGCACCUCUUCAUUACAACUGAUCAAAACGCUGGCGUACAGGUAGAUAGCAAAAUUGUUUAUCAGAAAAAGCAGGCUGCUCCCGUUGCUGUUAUAAUGGGUCUCAUCCAGAUUCCACCCGUGGGUGACCUGAUCACAGAGCUGUCCUUUAAGUCCGCUGUCAUUAAUGUGAAUGUAAACACUGGCAUGUAUGCUUCAGAUGACCUUGUAUUCCAUCUUGGAGCUACCAGCGCCUCUGUGUUUGAAAGCUUGAAAGCCAAGCUUGACGGCACCACCAGCCUGACCACUAAGAGAGGAAUCAAACUGGCCAAUUCCUUAUCAUUGGAAAAUCGUCACAUUGAAGGAACUCAUGACAGCACCGUCAUUGUGAACACUAACACUCUGGAAACUGCGGCUUCAGCGAUUUCUAUUGGACGCAUUUCACUGCCUAGACUUAGCUUGGAAUUGAACCAACAACUGGUUGCAGACACCAAAACCAAAGCCAAGGUUCACGCCAGUUUGAACAUUAAGGGUGAUUUCAACAUCCCUGUGAUCCAGGCUGUUGGAAAAGCAGACAGCGGUUACAGUCUGAAGCUGGAGGGAACCAGGGAAGACAUUUCUAUUGAAGCUUUCACUAAGGCAAACAUGGAUGGCACGCUGCUUGAUGGCUAUCAAGUACUAGGAGUCCUGGAUAGUGACGCUAACCUGUUCUUGAAUAACGGCCUACGUUCUACCUCCAAGGUCAUUGCAGAUGUCAAGCUUAACCAUGGUACGACCAAAGUGAUCAACUUCGAUUUAAUUGACAGUCUUGACUUGCAAGCCUCUGUCAAUCGUGUCUAUGCUGUGCUUAAGCAUACAAGCAACAACGAGCUCAACCUGUUCACGUUCAACACCAAUGGGAAGCAUACUGGUCAGGCUACAAUUGAUCUUGCACCAAUCUCUUCCUUGACUGCUGAUAUUGAGAUGAAUCUGUCUCAGCCUAGCAGCCUGGGUGAUUUCCUCAUCGUGGACAAAACUGUGGCCGAAGUAACAUUCGCUAAACAGAAAAUCUUUACGAAGGGGAGGUUUGUGAGCCCCUUGUACACCUCAAACCUGGAAGUACAACUGGAGGGAAAUGCUCCUGUUUUCAACAGUACGCUAAAGUCCUCUGCUACCUCCGCUUUUGCCAUCUUGGACUAUGACAUGGAUGCUUCUUCAACGCUAUCCUUUGAGAAUGCUGAUUUGAACAUGAUUAACAAGCUCGUCCUGACACAUGCCGACCUAAACAUGGAUGUCAACCACAUCAUUGACCAAGCCAUGAGUGUCUAUCGCCAAACCCUCAACAUGGACAUCACCAGUCAGACUUUCACCAAUGUCAACCUUCGCUAUGCUGCUCGCAGAGAUGGUCUUAGUGCAUCGGUGUCAGCUCCAUCCACUGGCUUUCUGGGCUUGCAGUUCAACGGCAGGGCUCCAUCCCAAAUGAAUGCAAGAGUCUAUGGCCGUUAUCCUUCUGCUCCAGAGGUUGAUAUCGACAUCUUGGUCAUCAAAUCUUCUUCCAAGGGUGCCAACAGGAUCCAGAUUGUAUACAACAGGGAGACACCCGCACUCAUGCUCUUAGAACUCCGGAAGAAACUCCCCUCCAUCAUCUUUGCCUUCACUGAGUUUGCUAACAAGUAUGAGAUCACGGGGAACAUGGAGCAGUUGAAGAAGGUUGUCGUAAACCAUGUCGGUGAUGUUUAUAAUACCGUUAUCAGCUAUGAUGUCCAGAUGAGCCAGUUGUCAGUCCUUUUCAGAAACAGCGUCGUCCAAUACCAGAAAACCAUCCAGGCUGUCUUGGAUGCUAUUGUCAAAAUCCUGAGGGAAACCAAGUUCAAACUGCCAGGGUCUAAGGAAAUAACAAUUCCUGAGGUUCUAAAGAAAGUUACCGACAGCACUGCUGCCGUGCUGAAUAAAACCCUCCAGAUUGUUUAUGAGAACAUGGCAGAUUACUACAACAUCUUUGUGGAGAAAAUCGGCAGUGUGAAAGUCAGCAUGCCGGUUGGUGAUGUAGUUACUGUAGCCCAGGUCGUUCAAACUUUAAAGAUAUAUGUGAAGGGUAUCUUAGAUGGAUUGGUGGACUCUGUGAAAAACAUGGAGAGUCUUGACACAGUGCUGGUGAAGAUUGGCGAGACCCUGAAAGCUCUUGUCGACAAGUCCCAGGAGUUCAUCGACUCAAUCGAGUCUGACUAUUUAGAUGAAAUAUUGAUUGACAUCAACAACAUCCAUCGCAACCUUGUCAGACACAUGAAAAACUUUGUCGAUCGUAUCGCUGCACUGACUCGUACAGAGCAUCUCUACGAUGUAUUCGAUUACAUUUUGGACAUUCUCCUUUCUGUAGCCAACCAGGUCAACAUCACCGUAUUUGAAUGCUUGCAACAAUCUUUAGAACCUCAAAGCGUAGUGAAAGUCACACGUGACAGGCUUGAGAUUGACCUUCCAAUCGCUUUCCAACUGUGAGGAAACAACUGACUCAGCAUAGAACACUCCCGCCUGUUUGGAAGGAGUAUGGACAGUUAGCCAUGCUUAUGACAUUCAAUGUAUGUGAGUUGCAGUUCAACCUGUUAUUCACAAAGACUGAUACUACUUCUGGAAAAACUGUAAAUUGUCAAUAAAGUAUAUAAAAAUGAA